AAAAUGGCUACCGAGAAACGUCAAUACAUUUUAUAUAUAUAAAAUUAUCAGUGUCCUGAAUAAUUGCGGCAAAAUUUGUGGUCACAAUUACACAUAGUUUAUUAUACUUACUUUAAUCAUACAUCGAAGUUUGUUGAAAGUGCAUAUGUGAAUUUGAAAUGGCUGAAUUCGUGCGGGGUGGCCCAAGCGUGUCCAACAGUGCUAAGUCAGGAAUUUUUCAGAUUGAGCACAAUAGUAAGGGUGGAUCACCUAGUACAGGAAGUGAGGAUGGCGGUCCAAUCGAAACACUCAAUGUGGAAAAUGACUUUGAUCCAUUCCUUGAGAAUAUUCCUGAUGAUCCCCAAGAUACAGAAGAACCCGACAGUGCAAAUACAACACUGUUAACUGCUCCUCCAGAGAACCAAUGGUAUCAUGGUCGGCUGGAUAGAUUCACUGCAGAAGAGAGAUUGUGGGAUGCAACCAAGAUGGGAAGCUAUUUAGUUCGCGAAAGCGACAGAAAACCUGGUAGUUAUGUUUUAUCAUACUUAGGACGUACUGGGAUCAACCAUUUUCGAAUCACAGCUGUCUGCGGUGACUACUACAUAGGAGGUCGUCAGUUUAACAGCCUGUCAGACUUAGUAGCUUACUAUACGCAUUGUUCAGACUUGUUGAAAAGAGAGCGUUUGAUACAUCCGGCACCUCCGCCUGAGCCCGUUAAUGACAAAAAAAGAAUAGUUGCUAUACUGCCAUACACAAAAAUGCCAGACACAGACGAACUGAGUUUCCAGAAAGGUGAUAUAUUCUUCGUACACAACGAUAUGGGCGAUGGAUGGUUAUGGGUUACAGCCCAUAGAACUGGCGAACAAGGACUGAUUUUCAGAGAACUGGUUGAAGAUUUAGAUGACUCUAUCGAUCCAAAUACUGUAUUUUCAUGGUUUCAUCCGAAUGUUACUAAAAGUGAAGCUGUUGAUAUGCUAGUGAAAGCUGGACCAGGCAGUUUUCUAGUCAGACCCUCAGAUAAUAGCCCUGGAGAUUAUUCUCUAUUUUUCCAUAUAAAUAACCAAAUUCAGAGGUUCAGGAUCGAAAAGAAAGGAGUGAGAUAUCUAAUGGGUGGAAGAACCUUUGAAUGUCUUGAUGCUGUAAUAAAUAGGUAUCGGAAAGAACAAAUUGUCGAAGGCCACACCCUAGUACAAGCUAUGGUUACCGAACCAGAUGGUAGCGUAAGAGUGAAUAAAGAGGUACAACAUGCAGAGAAAAUUUAUGCCACUUUGAGAGAAUGUCGGGAACAAUCUGGUGUGAAAAAGAACAAAGGAAUCAAAAUGCAAGGCUACUUGGAGAAGAAAUCAGAAAAAAAUAAGAAAUGGAAGGCUCUUUAUUUCGUAUUGCUGGUUGAUGCCUCGGACACUCAUCUCUAUUUGUACGAUAAUCCAAAAAGAACUAAACCGAAAGGCCUCAUUGAUUUGAGCUGUGCUUAUCUCUACCAGGUUCACGAAAGUGUAUUCGACCGACCACAUUGCUUCCAAUUGGUGGAGAGAGCUUUACCCUGUUUAGCCACUAUCACAUAUUUAGCUGCGCAAAAUUCUGAAAAUUCCCUUGAUUGGGUGAAUGCAUUGAAACCUUUAUGCGUUUCUCAAUUGACGAGAGCGCCUAAAGUAGCUCGAUUACGAGAACUACGUUCCUUACAUUUACACAUUCUUGAUGCUCACAGGCUUCCGUACAAACUAGUACCAAAUCCAUUUAUCAUAGUAGCGCUCAACAACGUGAAAGUCGCACGUACAAAAGUUAAAACUGGAGCCAGUCCGUUAUGGGAUGAAGAGUUUAUACUAGAAGAUGUGCCACCUGAUGUUGUAUCUUUUUCACUAACGUUGUACAAUAAAGGAAAGAGAAGCAAGGACACCGAAGUGGCAGAAUUGACAGUUGAAUUAGGGAGUUUGGCAAAUGGAGAAGAAAUGGACGAAUGGUAUACUUUAUCGGGAGUUACCCCGAUCGGAGAAUGGGGUGCUCUGCGCUUACGCUUAAGAUACAGACACGAUUUAGCAAUGCCGCCAGAGGAAUAUAGUCCCUUGCAACAACUACUGCUCGACCCAGAGUUACAUGUUGUCAGAGCUUUGGCCGAUGUCUGUCAUCCGGAUAGAGUACCUUUGGCCAAUAGCCUUCUUAGAAUAUUCAGACAUGAACGUAAAGAAGCAGAUCUUCUUCGAUCGCUAAAUCAAGCAGAGGUUGACAAAGAAGAUGAAACUCCAACGUUAUUCAGAGCAGCAAGCCUCACGACAACUUUAAUGGAUCUCUACAUGAAAUCAGUUUGCACCUCAUUUUUGAAAGCCGCUUUACGGGAUACUAUUGUGAAAUUAAUUGAAAGUAAACAAAGCUGCGAAUUGAAUCCCACAAAAAUGGAUUCACCAGAAGAUGCAUGCAGCAAUGCAGAGUUUUUGUUACAAAUUUUAGAUGAAGUUACACUGAGUAUUUUCACAAGCCCCGAUGACUGCCCAAAGACAUUAAGAUACAUAUGCGGGUGUUUACAACGAGCUGUUGUCUCAAAAUGGCCUCAUGAAAGAUUAGUGAGAACUAGAGUCGUCAGUGGUUUUAUAUUCCUACGUCUUUUGUGCCCAGCAAUUCUGAAUCCCAGAUCAUUCAACCUGAUAGCAGAGCCACCACCACCUGCAGCUGCUCGGUCUUUGGUGAUGGUUGCAAAGUGUUUACAAAACUUGGCCAAUCUUGUUGAAUUCGGUGGUAAGGAACCCUACAUGGAAGUCGUGAAUCCUUUUAUUCUGAAAAAUAAAGAGAGGAUGGUCGUAUUCCUUGAUCAAUUAUCGAAUGUGAUUGAGAAACCAGAUUCCGAAGGUGCUGACCUAAGGGGCAAGAGUACAUGUGCGUCUGAUACUGCCAGAGACCUUGCAACAUUGCAUCACAUCUGCGUCUCACAUCUGAAGGUGUUGCAAGUCUUAGCUAAAACACAGCCAACGAUAAAACAGUUGGUAACGGUGACCGAUAUGUUGAGCAAACAUAAGCAAAAGUAUAUGGAAAUGAUACGGUAGUGUUGAAAUCCUCGAUGCCAAACACAACAAAUUAAAUAAUUAAUAAACAACUAAUGACGAUAAGUAAUCUACGAUAGUAUUUAAUAAUUAGCCGUAAGUAAUUAAAAGUAACAGACUGACGUGCCAUACAUUAUUAUACACAAGCCUACAUUUAAUAUUUCAUAUAUUUAGAAUAUAGUUUAUACAUAUAGUGAUAAGAAUGCGAUAACAGUAUAAAAAAAAAAAAAAAAAAAAAAUCAUGUAGGCGUACAACAAUUUUAUAUCCAAUUAGGUGCUCCAAAAUAAAAGCAUACAUCAAUAAGUU